AUGGAGAGUGGAGCCAGUAGUAAGAAAGCAUCACCUCAAUCUUCCCAGCAAUUCAGUUCUGUUACCACUCCUCUGCUUGAUUUGGAAAAGGAAACUGGGAUAUCAAGCACAGGAGUGUCUCAAGAGAGGGUCGUAGAAGACGCUGAGAAAGAUGAAUUGGAAGUUGAUGACUCUCCCAUAGAGCAAGUAAGGCUAACAGUUCCAACCGCUGAUGAUCCUACUCAGCCAGCACUAACAUUCCGGACAUGGGUUCUAGGGUUGGCAUCAUGUGUGCUUCUUGCCUUUGUGAACCAAUUUUUGGGCUACAGAACCAACCCUUUAAAAAUCUCUUCAGUUUCAGCACAGAUUAUUACACUUCCUCUCGGGAAACUGAUGGCUUCAACUCUUUCGACUAAACCAAUCCGACUGCCAUUCACGAAAUGGUCAUUUUCAAUGAAUCCAGGGCCAUUCACUUUGAAGGAGCAUGUGCUGAUCACCAUCUUUGCUACAGCUGGAUCUAGUGGUGUUUAUGCAAUCAGCAUCAUCACAAUUGUGAAGGCCUUCUAUCACAGGAGCAUCCAUCCAGCAGCAGCUUAUUUUUUAGCACUGUCAACCCAAAUGCUUGGGUAUGGAUGGGCUGGGAUUUUUAGAAGAUUCCUAGUCGAUUCCCCUUACAUGUGGUGGCCUGAAAACCUUGUGCAGGUAUCUCUAUUCAGGGCAUUUCAUGAAAAAGAAAAAAGGCCUAAAGGAGGAAACACUAGGCUGCAAUUCUUUUUCCUAGUCUUUGUAGCGAGCUUUGCCUAUUACACUCUUCCAGGGUACUUUUUCCAAGCAAUAUCAAGCAUCUCCUUUGUUUGUUUGAUUUGGAAAGAUUCCAUCACAGCUCAACAAAUUGGUUCAGGCAUGAAUGGAAUUGGCAUCGGCUCAUUUGGCCUCGAUUGGAACACUGUUGCAGGAUUCUUAGGUAGUCCUUUAGCUGUACCUGGCUUUGCCAUUAUCAACAUGUUAAUAGGAUUUAUUCUGGAUAUCUAUGUUCUGAUUCCCCUAGCCUAUUGGAGCAAUUUAUAUGAUGCCAAAAAGUUUCCCCUUAUUAGUUCUCACACGUUUGACUCAACUGGUGCAACAUAUAAUGUUACUCGGAUUCUAAAUCCCAGAACUUUUGACAUUGAUUUGGACAGUUAUAACAAUUACAGCAAGAUCUAUCUUAGUAUCACCUUUGCAUUUGAGUAUGGAUUAAGCUUUGCAACUUUGACUGCCACUAUUUCCCACGUUGUCCUCUUCCAUGGAGAGAUGAUUCUUCAGAUGUGGAGGAAGACAACAAGAUCAAUAAAAGAACAACUUGGAGAUGUCCAUACAAGAAUUAUGAAGAGAAACUAUGAACAAGUCCCUGAAUGGUGGUUUGUCACCAUAUUGGCCAUUAUGGUUGUUAUGGCCUUAGUUGCUUGUGAAGGCUUUGGGAAGGAACUCCAACUGCCAUGGUGGGGAAUUUUACUUUCUCUAAUAAUUGCAUUAGUCUUCACCUUGCCAAUUGGGGUUAUUCAAGCCACAACAAACAUACAAACGGGACUCAACGUGAUUGCAGAGUUAAUAAUUGGAUUCAUCUACCCAGGAAAGCCCCUUGCUAACGUAGCCUUCAAGUCUUAUGGACAUGUCAGUAUGGUACAUGCACUUGGGUUUCUUGGUGACUUCAAAUUAGGCCACUACAUGAAAAUUCCGCCAAAAUCUAUGUUCAUUGUGCAGCUGGUAGGCACAGUUGUUGCCUCAACUGUCUACUUUGCCACAGCUUGGUGGCUUCUCACAUCUGUUGAAAACAUCUGUGAUGAAGCAUUGUUGCCAAAGGGUAGUCCAUGGACAUGCCCUGGUGAUGAUGUGUUCUAUAAUGCAUCAAUCAUAUGGGGAGUAGUAGGACCAAAGAGAAUGUUCACCAAAGAUGGUAUUUACCCUGGGAUGAAUUGGUUUUUCCUCAUUGGUCUACUUGCUCCCAUUCCAGUGUGGUUGCUUUCUCAUAGAUUUCCCAACCACAACUGGAUUCAACUCAUCAACAUUCCCAUCAUCACUGCAGGUGCUUCCAACAUUCCACCAGCCAGAUCAGUGAAUUAUAUUACAUGGGGUACUGUUGGAAUCUUCUUCAAUUUAUAUGUUUAUAGAAAGUUCAAGGCAUGGUGGGCCCGGCAUACUUACAUCCUUUCAGCUGCUUUAGAUGCUGGAGUUGCUUUUAUGGGUGUGGCCCUCUAUUUUACCCUUCAAUCUAAUGGUAUUUUUGGUCCAGCCUGGUGGGGUCUUGAUGCAGACCAUUGCCCUUUGGCCAAAUGCCCCACAGCUCCAGGCGUACAAGCCAAUGGAUGCCCUCUUCUUUGA